ACAACAACAUCAGCUCGGUGUUCUAACGGAGAACUAACGGAACCGAUCAGCCAGGUCCCAGACCCGGCCCAGACCCGGUCCUAAGGUCCCAGACCCGGAGAGGGUGCGCAGGGAGCGGACAGACAUGUGGAUCGAGCCGGAGGAGGUUCUGCUGGCCGGAGCGCUCUGGGUCUCCGAGCGGGCCAACCCCUUCUUCAUCCUGCAGCGGCGCCGGGGACACGGCCGGGGAGGCGGGCUGUCCGGUCUGCUGGUGGGGACUCUGGACGUGGUUCUGGACUCGAGUGCCCGAGUGGCUCCGUACAGGAUCCUGCUGCAGACGGCCGACUCUCAGAUCUACUGGAACAUCGCAUGUGGUUCCUCCAGGAAGGAGAUCACGGAGCACUGGGACUGGCUGGAGUCCAACCUGCUGCAGACCAUCUCCAUCUUCGACAACGACGAAGACGUCACCACCUUCGUCAAAGGAAAGAUCUGCGGCAUCAUCGCGGAGGAGAACCGUCUGAAGGUGGGCGAGGAGCCCGAGGAGGACUGCGGGAAGUUCCGGGAGGCGGAGCUGAAGAUGCGGCGGCUGUUCGGGAUGCCGGACGAAGAAAAACUGGUGAACUACUACAGCUGCAGCUACUGGAAGGGCCGGGUGCCCCGCCAGGGCUGGCUCUACCUGUCCGUCAACCACCUCUGCUUCUACUCCUUCCUGCUGGGCAAAGAGGUGACCCUGGUGGUGCAGUGGACCGAGGUGACCCAGCUGGAGAAGAACGCUACGCUGGUGUUUCCGGAGAGCGUCCGUGUCAGCACGCGGCACACCGAACAUUUCUUCUCCAUGUUCCUGAACAUCAACGACACCUUCAAGCUGAUGGAGCAGCUCGCCAACAUCGCCAUGCGGCAGCUGCUCGACAACGAGGCGUUCGCCGCCGACCGCUCGCUGCCCAAAGCCUGCAAGACGCUGAAGAACGUCUCUGCUCUCAAGAGGGAUUUGGACGCCCGAGCGAAGAACGAGCGGUACCGGACGAUGUUCCGGCUGACGCAGGACGAGCGUCUGGACGGACACACGGACUGCACGCUGUGGACGCCGUUCGCUAAGAUGCACGUGGUCGGACAGCUGUUCAUCUCCAACAACUACAUCUGCUUCAACAGCCGAGAGGAAGACCUCUGUCAGCUCAUCAUCCCUCUCAGAGAGGUGUCCAUCGUGGAGAAGGCGGACAGCAGCAGCGUCCUGCCGUGUCCCGUCUCCAUCAGCACCAAGAACAAGAUGAACUUCCUGUUCGCCAACCUCAAAGACAGAGACUUCCUGGUCCAACGCAUCUCCGACUUCCUGCAGCGAACGCCCGACAGCUCGUGGGGCGACACCAGCCCGCUGUCUCUGAUUGGUCACCAGGCGUCCUCCGGCCCCUCGUCCUCUGCAGGGUCUGAGUCCGUCCACAGGGGGCGCCACUACCACGCCGGCCUGCCCACCGCCAGCCAGGGUCUGCUGCAGCUGUACCAGCGGGACGCCCCGGAGGACCUGGGGCCCAAAGCCAUGAAGGAGAAGAUGAAGGAGGAGGCGUGGAACAUCCAUUUCUCAGAGUUUGGUCGAGGCGUCUGCAUGUACAGAACCUCCAGAACCAGAGAACUGGUCCUGAACGGGAUCCCGGAGCGGCUGAGAGGGGAGCUGUGGCUGCUGUUCUCCGGAGCGCAGAACGAGAUGGCGACCCACCCCGGUUACUAUGGCGACCUGGUGGAGCAGGCCAUGGGGCUGUGCUCGCUGGCCACAGAAGAGAUCGAGCGCGACCUCCACCGCUCGAUGCCGGAGCACCGCGCCUUCCAGAACGACACGGGCAUCGCCGCGCUGCGCCGCGUCCUCACCGCCUACGCCCACCGCAACCCCGGGAUCGGAUACUGUCAGGCCAUGAACAUCGUCACCUCGGUCCUGCUGCUCUACUGUCCAGAGGAGGAAGCCUUCUGGCUGCUGGUGGCGCUGUGUGAACGCAUGCUGCCCGACUACUACAACACCAGAGUCGUAGGUGCUCUGGUGGACCAGGGCGUGUUCGAGGAGCUGACUCGAGCCUUCCUGCCGCUGCUAUACGAACACAUGCAGGACCUGGGAGUCAUCUCCACCAUCAGCCUGUCCUGGUUCCUCACGCUCUUCCUGUCUGUGAUGCCCUUCGACAGCGCCGUCCUGCUGGUCGACUGCUUCUUCUACGAAGGCAUCAAAGUCAUCUUCCAGGUGGCGCUGGCUGUUCUCCACGACAACAUGGACGCUCUGCUGUCCUGCAGCGACGAGGGAGAAGCCAUGACCAUCCUGGGCAGGUACCUGGAUAAUGUUGUGAAUAAACAGACUGUGGCUCCGCCCAUCCCUCACCUGCACGCCCUGCUGACCAGCGGAGACGAUCCUCCACCUGAGAUCGACAUCUUUGACCUCAUCAAGUCGUCCUACGAGAAAUUCGGCAGCUUGCGCUCUGAUGUCAUUGAACAGAUGAGGUUCAAGCAGAGGUUAAAGGUCAUCCAGUCGCUGGAGGACACGGCCAAGAGGAGCGUGGUGAGAGCGAUGAUGACGGAGUCGGCCUUCAGCAUCGAGGAGCUGGAGGAGCUGUACUGUCUCUUUAAGUCCAAACACAUGACCAGCUGUUACUGGGGCUCCAGCAGCUCGGGGGCGGCGGAGCGCCACGACCCCAGCCUGCCGUACCUGGAGCAGUACCGGAUCGACCCGGCUCAGUUCAGUCAGCUGUUCUCGGCGCUGGCUCCGUGGGUCUGCGGAGGCCACACCCCCUCGCUGUCGGCCCGCCUCUUCAGGCUGCUGGACCAGAACCAGGACGGGCUGGUCAACUUCAAGGAGUUCAUCACGGGACUGAGCGGGAUGUAUCACGGAGACAUGACAGAAAAACUCAAACUGCUCUACAAGCUCCACCUGCCGCCAGCUCUGUGUCCUGAGGAGGCGGAGUCAGCUCUGGAGGCGGCAACCUUCUUCACUGAAGACGAACCGAAAGAGUCUUCCUUCCUGUCUGAUCAGGACAUUUCGGGGCAGCAGGAAGUGACAUCAGGUGAGGACGGGAAGGACGGAGCAGACGGCGAGGACAAGAAAGAGGAGAAGGUGAAGGACUACAGGUACUACCUGAGGAUGUGGGCCAAAGAGAAGGAGCCGAAGACGGAGACGAUCAAAGACCUGCCCAGGAUGAACCAGGAGCAGUUCAUCGACCUGUGUAAGACUCUGUACAACAUGUUCAGCGAGGAGCCGUCGGAGCAGCAGCUGUAUCACGCCAUCGCCACCGUGGCGAGCCUGCUGCUGCGCAUCGGAGAGGUCGGCAAGAAGUUCAACAACGGCGCCAAGAAGGCUGACGGCGCCACCGCUCCGGCCACGCCCGCCGCUCCGGCCACGCCCGCCGCUCCGGCCACGCCAGCCGAGCCCCAGAGGGAGGAGGGGCCCGGGGAGCCAGGUGAGGCUCAGGUGUGCCGGGCGCUGGCGGACGCCCAGCUGGAGCCGGCGGCGGCGUCGGACGAGGAGGCCAAAGAUGACACUUCGGUGUCGUCGUACUCGGUGGUCAGCUCCGGCUCGCUGCAGUGCGAGGACAUCGCCGACGACACCGUGCUGGUCGGCGGCGGCGAGCAGAGGCGGGGCAGCGUGCUGGACGUGGAUUGGUCGAUCAGCUUCGAGCAGGUGCUGGCGUCGCUGCUCACCGAGCCGCCGCUCGUCGACUACUUCGAGAGGAAGAGGGACAUCCAGACCAAGAUGGCCGCCUGUAAGGCCCAGAGAGCCGUGGAGCGCCAGACAAGCUCCGCCUCCGACCACGAACUCACCCACCUGUCUACCUGAUCACCUGUCUACCUGAUCACCUGUCUACCUGAUCACCUGAUCACCUGUCUACCUGAUCACCUGACCACCUGACCACCUGUCUACCUGAUCACCUGUCUACCUGUCUACCUGACCACCUGAUCACCUAUCCACCUGUCUACCUGACCACCUGAUCACCUGUCUACCUGAUCACCUGUCUACCUGAUCACCUGACCACCUGACCACCUGUCUACCUGAUCACCUGACCACCUGACCACCUGAUCACCUGUCCACCUGUCUACCUGACCACCUGAUCACCUGUCUACCUGAUCACCUGUCUACCUGUCCACCUGACCACCUGUCCACCUGUCUACCUGACCACCUGAUCACCUGUCUACCUGUCCACCUGACCACCUGAUCACCUGUCCACCUCAUCACCUGUCCACCUGUCCACCUGACCACCUGAUCACCUGGUCACCUGUCUACCUGAUCACCUGACCACCUGAUCACCUGUCCACCUGUCUACCUGACCACCUGAUCACCUGUCUACCUGAUCACCUGUCUACCUGUCCACCUGACCACCUGAUCACCUGUCUACCUGUCCACCUGACCACCUGAUCACCUGUCCACCUGACCGCCUGUCCACCUGACCACCUGAUCACCUGACCACCUGUCUACCUGACCACCUGUCUACCUGACCACCUGGUCACCUGUCUACCUGUCCCCCUGACCACCUGGCCCUCUCCUGACUCACCUGUCCAGGUGCAGCAGGUGAACAGGUGAGCAGUAUGUAGACUGAACUACAGAAGCCUCAAAGUUCAAAAAGGUGUUUGUUUGUUUUUAACUGAAAAUAAUAAUUGUCUCUGUAUAAUGAAAUACUUUCUGAAUAUAAUCAACCUGAGACCUUCACCUGGAGUUUACCUGAGCAGGUGAAGCGGCACCACUGAAGAAGAAAAGUUACAAACAGGCUGAAACGUUUUUAAAAUAAAACUUUAAAGUGUUUAAUGUUUGUGUACAGUUCAGAUCUAUAAAUCACCUUUCUCUCUUCUUCUGCAGUCACUGAAGCCUUGUUUGUUUGUUUGUUUGUUUGUUUGUUUGUUUGUUUGUUUGUUUGUUUGUUUGUGCUGCCUGUUACUGAUGACAUCACUUCUGUUUACUUCCUGUCAUCAGUUUUUAUUCAGUUUUUCUUUACUGUAUUUAUUCAUCAUCUGCUUUUAAAAUCCAGUUAUUGAUCCGUUAUUGAUUCCGUUGUCUAAUAAAUACUGA